AUGGCUAUGGAGUCUGAUAUCUCUAACUCGCAUAUCUCCUCGCCGUUCCAAGUGCUCACUUUGUCCGAUGACGACGUUGACGAUGAAUCUGACAUGGCUUCUCACACCGCGCGUCCUUGGUCUUAUGCAUCACCACGUCUACACAAUAGCCCAUUGACAACGCCUUCUGCAUCACCUGCAACAACACGCAAAGUAGCAAUGUCAAGAUACCAAGAAGCCGACAUUGGCGACACUCCCAGAAUGUUCUCUUUGAAAAAGCAACCUUCGUUGUCUUCGUCCUUUCUCGGAAAGAGUCUAGGCAAAUCCAGUUCACAACCCAACUUUUUUGACGAUCAACCUUUAUCAAGGUCUCCUUCAUCCCUGCCGCCACCACCACGCCCACCAUCAGCGAAUGCUUUAUCAACAAAGAGUUCAGCCCUUGAUCUGGAUAUUACAGAGAACGGCAACGAUGAUACCAUGCUAAAGUUGGAUCCUGAUGAUUUAGCACAAUUCCGAAGAUGGAUGAUUGGCUUUUGCAUUGUCAACUUUGAUCUGGAGAUUGGACAAGCGCUUGAUUAUGUAUAUCCACCUAUGGAGCUCACUGAUCUGGAGAAAAAGAACAUUUGUUUCUCGGCUUUUCCUGAUUCCAAUGUAUUCGAAGUGGGGGAUCAAGUAUACAAUGUACGAGUACGAGCAAGUACAGCAGGAUUGGCAGUGUCUGGCCCAACAUCAACGGCAGGCUUUCUUUACGGCUAUGUUUUCUUUCGGCAGAAAAAGGAUCCCACUAUUCGUCGCGGCUAUUUCCAGAAAUCAUUGGUUCUCUUGUCACAGCAUCCAUUUGUGGGUCUCUUUUCACGGCUGGUCGCUCUACUAGGCCCUGUGUUUUUCGAUAAUGGUCAACCUAUGUUGGAAGCGGCGUGUAUGAACAUUGCCAAUUGGAGUCCUGUGGUAGAAGGCAAAGUACUCGAUUUACCGUUUUUGGGUAACCUACUACAAGUGGAGAUAUCACGGCCUUUUAAUCCUCAGCUGCUGGAGACCACAUCAUUUGAUAUGAAUCGAUUACAACCCGAGGAGCAGAUCAUGGCAUCAUUGCCAAUCGGCGGAUUAUACCAUCAUUUUAAAGAUAUCCUUCAAGAUCUUUGGUUGUUAUGGGAGCUCAUACUGCUAGCUGAACCAUUGGUGGUAAUGGCCCCUGAUCCAGGAGUAUGCAGUGAAGCAGUGGUGUCACUUGUGAACCUCAUUAAUCCGAUUCCCUAUUGUGGCGAUUAUCGACCUUAUUUCACCAUUCAAGAUCCAGACUUCAAAUCAUUUGUUACCAAGAAUAAGCCACCUUCCAAUCUCAUCCUUGGUGUAACCAAUCCUUUCUUUAAUACUGCUGUCGAGCAUUGGCCACAUAUUGUGCGUGUUGGUAGACAACAAUUACGCAAACCGGAUGGGACACUCAUUACUGCACACGGCAACCACAUUCAACCGCAUAAAUCAAAGGCUGCAUUAGGGAGCAAAGCAAAUGUGCUUUUUGAGUUUAUACAGGGGGUUACAUCGAAGCGAAAAGCUGUCAUAGCCAAAGAUCGACAACUGCUCAAGAUGCUCACCGAGGCUAGUAUGCGUGGUUACCCACCAGACUGGAUGCUUAAUAACAUAUUACGUCGCCAUUUUGUCGAUCUUACUGAAAAGUUCUUGGGUCCUUUAAAUCGCUAUUUUAGCACGCUUAUUCCAAACAACACGGUGUUUCAGGCGGAUGUAGGACCUCCUCAACUGAGACCGUUCCAGACCGAGCAAUUCAUGAAGUAUCUAAAGGAGCAUGGCACGCAACUACCAUUCAAGUCGACCUUUAAGACAAGGACGUCUACAUCGGAUCCCACCAAAGAGCUGUAUGCACAAUUUUUAAAGUGCGGCAACUUUGCCAUGUGGUUGCAGCAACGUACGACUGAAGCACAGAGCGAGAUGAACCAGAGAUAUAUCCAAAGUCUGUUGUUGUGUGAAGCCGAUCCUUCUCGGAGUUCUGCGGAUACAAAAUCCCGUAUUCGGGAUUUAUUGUACCCAUCAUCCUCCGUGUCGUCUAUUUGCAUCACAAUCACUGAUCAACAAAGAGAACAGUUGAAGCGUGUCUUGGAUGAAGGGAAUUAA